GUUCUGCUCGCCAGCUUCCUCUACGCCCUCUGCCCACCAAAGGCGUUCCUCCUCCCCAGCUCCCGGCGAUCUGAGCCAGAAGCCCAGGAAGCGGCCGGUCCCAGCUCGUCCCGCCGGUCGCUGCUCGCAGGGGCUUUGGCAGUCGCUGCUCCCGAGCGGGCCAAUGCUCUCACCACCGAGGAGCUGCGUGCGGCCAACCUCUUCAUGACGGCCUCACCCAGUGUUCUCAGUGUUUCAGAAGGCAAGAAGAAUGCGCCGGGUCCCACUGGCACUGGCUUCGUCUGGGAUGCCUCGCAUGUUGUGACGAACUUCCACGUGGUGAAGGAGUUGAAGAGUCCCCACGUCACAUUCCUCCGCAAGGACGAGUCCGGCAGCGAAGAUCACAUCACCGUCGGU